GUGUGUGAAAUUGAGGCUAGCCCCGAUGCUUUUGGUGUUCGAAGCCACGUAUAAAAGCUGUCGACUUCCAACUUGAAGUCACACAAGAACUUGUUCAUUCAUUUGAUCAACAGCUCCUCUCCGGAUUUAACAAAACAACACGAUGGCUUCCAAGCUGAUUUUGGUAACCCUCUUCUUCGCUGCCGUCGUGGCUGCUGCCUCUGCUCGUCCACGAUUCUUGGCCAUUCCUAUUGAGGACAUCGAGUUCCUUAAUGGACCCGCUCCUUAUCCAGGAUUCCAGCUUCCCGCACACCGCGUCCGCCGUGAUGCUCAAGAGCCGGAACCAUCACCCUCUGCUCGUUCCAGCGGUAACGCUUAUGGUGGUAGCGACUACGUCGAUUACGGAGCCUAUACCGGUGGAAAUGGUGCCUUCGGCUGGUACUCUGACCACCCCGUUGGCAACCACUAUUAAAAUCUCACUACCAAGAAAAGGCCUGAUCCUCAUUUGAACAUUUAAUCGAUAAAAGAUCUUUUAGCAGCCUCAAUUUCUCUAUCAGAAAACAGCCUGUCUGUUUGUUUUUGUUUUAUUUUAUUUCUUUCGUAUACGUUCUCAAUUGUCCAACGUCUCACUGUUGAGCAGUUCGUUGUUCCUCACUACCAUCAUCUUCAAUCGUGCUGGUCAUGUGACGAUGCACUGUACGUAAUUUCUUUGCUGUUGCCUAGACUACCAUCUCUGGCAACGAAAAUAAAAGACGCACAUCCACAUGAAAAA